AUGACUUCUGGCCGAAAGCGAAAGCGUCAUGAGCGAGACGCGUCAAAUUCGGACAACGGCGUCGUGGCUUGUGACGGGCCCGUCAGGAGGGAUCUCCUACGACACGCUUAUGCUACCGUAUUGACUCUGCGGGAGUAUGCCUUGCUCAAGCUUCCAAGCAGCUCCAGACUGCGUCGAAAAAAGAUCAGUUCCCUCGGCAAGGGUAAUUCCGUCAGUGAACUGGAAGCAGCCGUUUCCGAAUUUCUGGAUUCGACAUUAAUCUGCGACUCCAAGGCCAUUUUGCAGACCGAUAAUGCCCUUUACGCACAGUGGUUGUCAUUUUCGCAAAAUGGAGACGAGUCGCAUGUGACUAUAUCGGGUGACUUGCCCGCAUCCGAGAACACGCUAUCAGAGCUUGUGGACUUUGCCAUAUGGUCCCUUUUCAAUAGGCAGAAGACGCCAGGUGCAUGGCCGAAACACCUUCUCUGCGAUGGAUACCGUAAACGAACCAAAGAGGGUGAUCCUCAAAACACUUCCAUCCCAGGUGUGUGGAGGGAGUAUCCGAAUCAUCACGCUGCGGCCUUGAGACGACAGCCUUGGCCGCAGGUGCUGGCAUUGCUGGGUCAUUCGGGACAGAGAGUCAUGGUUGAUCUUCUCAUUGAACGCUCCAUUUUUGUGACAAUUGACGCAGGAAUUGGCAACUACUACCAGAUAAGCGGCAUUCCCCUCUCCGAGUUGCAAUUUGGCGGUAACCGUAGUAGCUCCAACGAGCCUCGCAAACCGUCAGACAUCUCACUGGUAAGAAGCCGCAUAUUCUAUGCCAGGCCAGUUCUCACAGCGCGCGGCCGGGUUCGGCAUGGUUUCAAAUCCAUUCAUGUUCUCAAUCGGUGUUGCGCCGGCAAAGAUGACGGGACGAGUCACCAUGCCGAAAAAAUGAAGGCGAGCACGACCAAGCUCACUAUGUAUAUGUUUCCAAGACAGUUUGGGUUACACAAUGUCUUCACUUCCAACGUGAACGUCUCGGAGACAGCGCAAAAGUUUCAAGACUACACCUCGCGGGAGGAGGAGAUCAAAGAGUUUACCAAAGAUCCUAAACAUUGCUCAAAGAAUGGGACACCAAGGCUGCCCAAGCGUCUAAGGGGGGAAGCCUGGCGCCUCGUUCAGAGACUUCAGAUACUCCAUAGCCGCUGUUCAUACGAAGAACUUCUAAGACACUACUGCCCUUCUCAGAUUGGCGGAUCGCGGGCCCAUGAAUCCUCUUUUCCGCUGGACGAAAGAUCCCAGGUGACGGACCUUGGCAAAGGGCAACGCAGAAUAGAGCCGCCAGCCCCUGUUGCGACCAACGACCGUCAGCAGAUAAUCCCGACGCCCAAGCCGCCGCUGGGUGGCUUUCAAUCCAACUCAGUGGUUAAAUUAGCGACUUCAUCCUCUCAGGUAUCUGCAUUUUGCCAGGCAGCUCUGACACAUAUCGUGCCCAACGAUUUCUGGGGCACAGGUGAAACCCUUUUCCACAACAAGGCCAUGUUCCUUCGCAGCGUCGACCACUUUAUCAGACUUCGGCGAUUUGAGACCAUGACCUUGCACGAAAUAUACCAAGGGAUGAAGACGGCUCACAUCCCAUGGCUACAACCUCCAGGCGUGGGGACCCAAAAAGCCGGCCUGACGGACAUAAAGAAACGCUGCGAGCUCUUUUACGAAUUUUUGUAUUAUUUAUUCGAUUCAUUACUGAUACCACUCAUCCAAACAAACUUUUAUGUCACAGAGUCCAACACCCACCGCUACCAAGUGUUUUAUUUCCACCACGAUGUUUGGCGCCGUAUCGCAGAACCAACUCUGUCGGUUAUGAAGUCGGACAUGUUCGAGGAGAUGACAAUCACCAGCGCCAAUGAAAUUCUUGAAUCCAGGGAUCUAGGAUUCAGUCAAAUUCGGCUGCUUCCCAAAGGACAAAAAUUGCGACCAAUUAUGAAUCUGCGCAGGAGACAACCAACUAGAACAGGGGCCAAGGUUCUGAAGCGCAGCAUCAACUCCUUUCUUGGGCCAGUCCACACGGCUUUGAAGUUUGAAAAGAUGACGAACCCGCAACAACUAGCAUCAUCGCUGUUCUCCGUCAGCGACAUGUAUGCCAAACUCAAGAUGUUUAAACUGUCUCUCCCCAGUGGAUCGAGCCAAUUGUUUUUCGCCAAGGUCGACGUCCAGUCCGCCUUCGACACCAUCCCCCAAGACGCCAUCAUACAACUCAUGAAAUCCAUACCAAGCCAGCAAGGAUACACCUUCACCAAACACGCAGAAGUGCAACCCGGCGAGCGGGCCAUGAUGGCACCAGAAAAGACUGCCACCAAAGCAAUUCGGCGAUGGCACGCAUCCGUCCUUGCUCGGGACAUGCCACCGUUCGUGGACCGGCUCCGGCAUGGCCUAGCAAGUAAGAAGAGAAACACUGUUUUUGUCGACCGCGUAGCGCUGGAAGGUUGGGAUACGGAAUCGCUUCUUUCCCUGUUAGCCGACCAUGUUCAAAGAAAUUUGGUCAAGAUUGGCAAGAAGUAUUACCGUCAGAAACGGGGGAUACCGCAAGGUUCGGUUUUAUCCUCGUUUCUGUGUAAUUACUUUUAUGCAGACCUGGAGAGAAAGCACUUGGGCUUUCUUCUGGGCCCGGAUUGCUUAUUGAUGAGGCUCAUUGAUGACUUUUUGCUCAUCACACUCGAUAAGAACAAGGCUGUGCGGUUUGUCGAGACGAUGCAUCACGGAGUUCCCCAGUAUGGGGUGGAAGUCAGUCCCGGAAAGACGCUGGUCAAUUUCGACAUGCAGAUUGAUGGCAAACCCGUCUGCAAAGCUGGCACAACGGGAUUCCCGUACUGCGGAACACGGAUUGACGACAGGUCGUUGGACAUUACCAAGGACGGGGAGGCGAAGGCUGCCAUUUGUGUGUCGAACUCAUUGACAGUGGACUAUGGACGAUCAGCAGGGCAAAACUUUCAGAGAAAAGUUAUCAAUGCUUUCAAGAUCCAGUCGCACCUCAUGUUCUUUGAUACAUCGCACAAUGCUCCACGGACUGUGCUUGAUUCUUUGCGUGGUGCGUUUGCUGAGACGGCGCGCAAAAUGUGGGCGUACAUACGAUGUUUGCCAAAGGGACGGCAGCCAAGUACGGCGCUGAUUACUCGCACUAUUUUGAAAGUUUCUGAAGUUGCAUUUUCGAUUAUAUCGAGCAAAUCGAGAAAGUUGCGAUAUCCCGAGUAUUCGUGUUGUAUCCAAAAGGGACAAGUCAUGAGGUACUUUCUGUUGCGUCGUACCGUUUGUGAUGAAUGA